UGCGAAUGAUUAAUGGUCUUGCGAUUUCGGGACAUUCGGCAGCUCCGUCUGUUCGGCAAAGUACUAAUGAUCGAAAAGCCCUAAGGCCGCCUUCGUCUGCUAGACAAAAGAAGGAUUCAUCGAGACUAUCUGUACGACAGAGCUCAAACACAGAGUGCUCGCAAUCAGCUGUAUUUAAUGGCAGUGAAAGGUCUGAUGGUGACACAGAAAAUAAUUUGAAGUUGAACCUUUCCAUUUUGUCCUCUCGCAGUAGUGCGAGAGACAGCAAACAUGUUCCUGGACCCUCAAACUCCUUGACUGAUAAUUCAAGCAGUUGCAAUAGUCAGUAUCCUUCAGAGAACGACCAAUCUCAGAAGCUGCCGUUACCCGAUGUAUUAGGAAACUCAGAUGAUUUUUUAACCGUUGUAAAUAAUGCUGCAGCGACAAUACAAAUAUGGUAUCGAUACAAAAAGCGAAAGAAGAGCAAAACUGUUUUGAUGGAAGUUUUAAAAUCAAAGAAAUCAGAGAAACAAGAGCAGUUGAAAAACUCCAAGUCAGAAUUGACUAGCAUCGAAAAGGCGAGAAUACGUCAGAGGAAGGAGGAGGAAGAGAAACGAAUUCAGAGACGACAAGCUAUCGAAGAGCUUCGCAAGAAACGCGAAGAAAAAGCGAAAGCUGCUUAUGAAAAAGCCGAACAAGAAGUUAAGUUGGUGGCUGAGAAAAAGAAAGCGGCUAAUUCAUCUGCUGGUAAUCUCAGAAAAUCCAAAAUCGGAAAGCCCACUUCGAAUAAUGAGGCGAAGCCUGACCGGGAAUGUGGGCUAGUUGUGAAAGAUUUGGAACAAAAUCCAGAAAACGUAGCUCUCCAAAAUUCAAAUACGGAGCCGGCAGCUGCGUCUAAUGCAAUCGAAGAUGCAGAGAACGGAUUGGAAUCCUCGCGAAACACGACAAUUGAGGAUCUCUUUGAUACUUUAAAACAAUUAGAACAGCCUGAUGAUUUCCCUGAAACAAAUUUGAAAACCAAGAAAUUCUUAGUCGAGAAUUCCUCUGCUGACAUGAAUUUUACGAGUAGCGAUAGCUCGAUGCAAUCGUCCAGCUCAAAGCAAGAUGGAAGCAGUGCGAAAAAACCAAUUGAGAAUAAAAGACUGAACGAAAUUUUGGAGUUUUUAGACCAGGCGGACAAAGAAGAGGAGGCAAUUUUGUCGGGAAGAGCAGUUAAGACGAAUGAAAACAAAAAUGAAAGUGGAGGAGGCGAUAUGGAUAAUACAGAGCUGGACUUACCGCCUCCAGUUUUGGUUCCAAGUGCGGAGGACCUGGUGAAGAUGGAGGAGGCAAACAAAGCUGCGGCAGAAGUCACUGACUCACUUCUUCAGCACAAGUUGGAGCUGGCUCAGAAGAGCAGGACUGUCGACAUGUUGACCAAGGCGCUCAAUCAGCAGAGGGAGUUGACGAUGAGACAUGCUAAAGAACAGGACCGAGAAACGAAGCGACGAAUAAACGAGCUGAAGCAAAGCCUUGAGACGAAAAUCACGAGGCAGACUGGCUUCAUAGACCAGCUGAUAGAAUCGAACACGAAGCUAUCGGAAAAGUGCCAGUCGCUCACCAAUGAAGUGAAGGAGAAUGCACUCAAGUACGAGCGCAAAAUGCGGCAGGUGAAUGAGUCGAAUGAUGCGGAGAAGAAGAAGCUGAAGGAGACUCUGAUGGCGGCGGAGAAACUGAGACGAGAGAAAUGGAUGGACGAACAGACUCGCAACCUCAAAGACAUCACUGUAAAAGGUCUGGAGCCGGAGAUCCAGAAGUUGAUAGCUGGACACAAGGCAGAGAUGAGGAAGCUGAAGGCACUGCAUGAGGCAGAGGUGUCCCAGUCGGAUGAGAGGGCAGCCCUGAAGUACACUCAUGAAAAGGAACUCAUGAGAAACAACAUGCAGAUGGAUCUUGAAUCGGCCUGCGAGAAAGAGCGAGAGUUGGCGAGACAGAGGUAUGAGAAGCAGUUGGAACAGGAGGAGCAGAACUACCAGCAGCAGAGGAAGAGACUCUACGCUGAGGUGCAGGAGGAGAAGAGCAGAGUGAACGAAUUGGCCCAGAGACAGAGGGGCGAGCUGGACCUCAGACAGAAACAGCUGGAAGAGAGCAAUCGGAAGAUGAUGGAGGACAUGCGAAGGGAGUAUGAGAAGGCGAGAGUGGAGCAGGAGCAGAGACACAGUCAGGAGAUGAAGGAGUACAAGGACAAGAUGGAGGCUGAGCGAGCGAGUUGGGAGGAGACUUACAUGAAGAAGCAGGAGGCGGUGCUGCUGCAGAAGGAGAGGGAGAUGGCGGAGCGAGUGAGGAGUGGGCGGGACAAGGAGAUCGAGUUAGUCAUCAGUCGACUGGAGGCAGACAUGGAGAAGAGCAGACAGGAGAGCGAAAAGGCCGCUGAAAACAGAGUGAAGAGAGUCAGGGAGAAGUAUGAGAGUGAGAUGAGGGAGAUGGAAGCGGUGGAGAGGAACACGAUGGAGAGAUACAACACACUCAAGGCUCAGUAUGCAGAAGUUGAGGGCGAGAAUGCACGUCUGAAAAGCGUGCUGAAAGAAAAAGAUCACGACUUGGAUCAAAUCACGAAGGUGAAGGAGAAGCUAACGCGUGAACGAGACUCAAUGUCUGACGUCAUUCGUCAGGAGUUCGCUGACCGAUUAGUCGCAACUGAAGACGAAAACAAAAGACUUAAAAACGAAAUGAGUGAAUUGAAGGCAAAAAACCGACUGGAAAUUGACAGAAUUACUCGAGAUAAAGAAGAAGAAAUGGCGGAAGUUCACAAGCGUGUAAAGCAAGCGUUGGUGAAGAAAGAAGAAAUUGUGUCGCAGAUUCGAAGUAAAUACGAGGCUGCAGAGAAACGUGCGGAUCACUUAGAAUCGCUUUUGGAAAGUCUGAGAAAGCAAAAUACUUCCAAACAUAAAUAAGUUAUUGUGAAAUAUUUCAUAUUGUAGGCUCUAUGUAGUUAAUGCCAAAUUGACUGUAAUAUCCUUUUGGUCAACGAAUCUCGAAGAAGUUUUGUAGCCUUAAACUUCUCGUGUUGAAGCGGUAAACCAACUUUUCACUUAUUUCAACACGUAGAAAUUUUGCCAGAAAAGCUAAUCACUGUUUUUUGACCGAUGAAGAUUCUCAAGGUCACCAAUUUUGCCAACAGUUUGGCACUAACUAUAAAUUUUGAACAGUAUUGCAUUUUUAGAAGUAUUAUUGUUUUUAAAUCAAUGUGAAAUAGUGUAAAGUGUAAGAUAUCAUACAUCAUGUGUUUGUAAUGUAAAU